CGCAUCGAAACGUCCGCCAGCCGCCGAUGAUUUGGAGCAACCCGCCGUGCCCGUCACUGUGCGAUAAUAUUCAGUGUGUGACGCGUUUUGUUUUUUUGCGAAUCGAAGCAAACUGUGCAAAUUAGUGAAUAUUCGAAAAAGUGUGUGUACGCGUCGCUUUGCAGCGACAGAGCAGAAGAAAGAGUCCGAUUUCAUUCAGCUGUGUGUGAUUGUGAAUAAGUUUCAUUUCCGUCGACAGUAACAGGACCGUGCAAGAGGAUAACACCAAAUUACUCUUACAGGAAAAAAUGGCAGACGGCUCCGCCGCCGGACAAGGCUCGCUCGGGGCCAAAUCGAGCGACGCCCAGCGCAGUAUCGACGAAUUUUGGCCAGAGCAAAUGCAGGAAAUGCAACGCGUUAAGCACGUCGAACCGGGCAACCAAGUGUUGCCACUGGCACGAAUCAAGAAAAUUAUGAAACUAGACGAGGACGUAAAAAUGAUUUCCGCCGAAGCACCACUUCUGUUCGCCAAAGCGGCGGAGAUGUUCAUCCAGGAGCUAACUCUGCGAGCCUGGCUACAUACGGAGGACAACAAACGCCGUACGCUGCAGCGAAGCGACAUCGCGAUGGCCAUUGCCAAGUACGAUCAGUUCGAUUUUCUGAUCGACAUCGUGCCGAGGGAGGAAAUUAAACCCGCUCGGCGGGAUAUCGGUGGUGAAACCAGGCAGGUAGUUUCGACGGAUGAAGUGCAGUACUAUCUGCAGCUGGCGCAGCAGCAUCAGCAAGCUUUGCAGGGCAGUAGUGGUGGUAGCAGCAGCGGCAGCGCUGCUGCCGGAAGUACAAGCGCUUCCAGCGCAAAUAUUAUUCAAGUGCAGGCUGCGCCUACUGUGGCGCAGGUUAAAAUUCAACAACCACAGAUCCAGACGAUGCAAGCCACCCCUCAGAUCGCAACCAUCACAGCUCCUAGUCCGAACAUAAUUCUGACGAACCCGGCGACGGGUCAGGCAACGCUACACGCAGCUGCCCCAACAGCGACCAUCAAUCCCGCUCAACUCGCUCAAGGCCAACCCCUUCAACUGGUGCAGCAAGUGCUGACACCAUCCGGAGAAAUCACUCACAUCCCCAUCCCCCUGACGCCAAACCAGCUGAACUUCAUUCGAUCGCAGAUCCAGUUGACCGGUCCCGCUGGCACCGCCACUGCCGUUCCGACGGCGACGUCCACCGCCGGUCAGCCGAUUAUCAUCCAAGCACCACAGCUGCAAGCCGCCCCGACCAUCAUCCAAACGGCACCGGCCGGGGUGUUCCUAAAUGCGGCACAGCUUCAACAGCUGCAGCAGCAGCAGCAGCAGCAACAGCAACACCACAUCAUCCAACAGCAGCCACAACAACAGCAACACCAACAGCAGCAACAGCAACACCAACAGUACGAGUAGAAGCUUUUAUUUUUUGUUCUAAUUUUGUGUAAA